AUGCGUCCUUGUUCGGCAGCACGUCUCGGUGUCAGAUUUCCUCGCAGCCUGUGUCCGGCUUCAGGGACACCCAGCUUUCACCAGAUUAACUUGGCAUAUCCUGGGCUGGAGAUGGUGAGGAGCCAGCCGGACAUCUUCCUGGUGCACGACUUCUUCAGUGCCACGCAAUGUGAGCGGCUGAUUCGGAAGGCACAACAGGGUGAUGCCAUGGUACCUGCCGGGGUCUUCAGCCCGCAAGGCUUGAAACGUUCCGAGUCGCGUACCAGUUCCCAGUGCUUGUGUCCGCAGAGGGAAGUGCCCAGCUUGCUGCACAAAGUGGUGGAACUGCUGGGAUGUCCUUCACGCCACCUCGAAGCCUGCCAAAUUAUUCGCUACGAGGCCGGGCAAUUCUUUGCGCCGCACGGUGAUUUCAGCAGCAACGGCACGAGAUCCAGUGCGGGAUUUGUGGAUUGCGCGCGCUUGGCCACCCUCUUCGUUUACCUGAAUGAUGUGGAGAGAGGUGGUGAAACCGACUUCCCCAAUGCUGCGCCGCCGCUGCGAGUGACGCCCAGCAGAGGCCUCGCGGUGGUUCACUUCCCCGCCAGCCUGGAUUAUGUGUCGGAUGCACGGCGGACCAGGCAUCAGAGCCUCCCCGCAGUGGACGAGAAAUGGAUCUUCGCCACCUGGAUGUGGAGCGGGCCCCGCAGCCAAAACCUGGAGCUCCUGCGGCAGCUGGGACGAGGUUACAGCCAUGUUUGGCCCGAAAGCUACGACCCGCUGAGCACCGAUGUGGCCCUACGUCUACUGGAGAUGCUGCUCAGCCGUUUCCGACUGCAGCCGGAUCUCUACAGCUUCAACCUGGCUCUGGCUGCUUGCCGGGAGCAGUGGACUGUGGUGUUGUCACUACUCACCCAGUGGCGUCAAGGGUUGCUGGUGUCAAAGCUGAGGCCAGAUGUGGUGUCCUUCAAUACGGCCCUGGCUGCGGUAUCUUCCAGUGGCGCGCCGGGGGAUUGGACCUGUGCCAUCGACUUACUGGAAACCAUGAGAGAGGAUCGUGUGCCUCCAGAUCUCCAGAGCUACAGCCGCGCGCUGGACGCCUGCAGUGGAGCACGGCGUUGGGAAGAAGCCCUGGGAUUGGUGCAGGACCUACUGCAGCAGAAGCUGCUGCCAGAUCUUCAGACUGUGACGGGAGUGGCCAGCGUCUGCAGCCAUGCCGGUGAAUGGCAAUUGGCCCUAGCCUUUGCCAACGAACAGCGCGACCAACGCCUGCUACCUGAUGGGCUGCUCUUUGGCACCUUGCUCCUGGCUUGCGAGAAAGGGUUGAACUGGGAGCUUGCCCUUGAGCUCCUUGCAGACAUGGAAAGGUCCAGUGUUCCACUGGAUCCCAUUAGUUCUGCCCUUGCCAUACGAGCGUGUGCCACCCGGAAUUCCUGGGACUUGGCCUUGUGGGUCUUGGCAAAAUGCAGUGCGGGAGGUGAUCCCGGACCUCGUGCCUUGCUGGCGGCGGUGGAUGCAGUGGAGGCUGGCGGCUCCGCUUCCCCAGAGCUCUUUGAAGAGCUCUGCCGCAGAGCGGCGCAGAGCUCGUUGUUCUCCUAA